AUGGGGGGAGGAUCGGCGGCAUCGACGGCCUUGGUCGUUCUGUUCCUUCUUCUACUCACAUCAGGUAAGGAGGAAGGCGUAAAGUUUACAUACAUCAGCCAAGUCGGUCGCUAAUGGCGAAAGGGACGGCCUCUGAAUCUCUCUGCUCACAUUUUUCUUUCUGGGUUUUCCUCAGGAGCUCUCUCGGCAACCUUCACCUUCACCAAUAACUGCGAGCAGACGGUCUGGCCGGGGCUCCUCUCCGGCGCCGGUUCCGCGCCGCUGCCCACCACGGGAUUCUCCCUCAACACAGGCGAGUCCAAGUCCCUCCCGGCGCCGGCCGGCUGGUCCGGCCGCUUCUGGGCCCGCACCCUCUGCGCCGCCGAUCCCACCUCCGGCAAGUUCUCCUGCGGGACCGCCGACUGCGGCACGGGCACGGUGGAGUGCUCCGGCAGCGGGGCCUCGCCGCCGGCCACAUUGGCGGAGUUCACCCUCACCGGCGGCGGCGGCAGGGACUUCUUCGACGUGAGCCUCGUCGACGGGUACAACCUGCCGGUGCUGGUGGCGCCCCGGGGGGUUUCCACCGGCGGCGCGGCGAACAACAGCUGCAGCGCCACUGGCUGCGUCGUGGAUCUCAACGGCGCUUGCCCGUCGGAGCUGAAGGUGAAGGCCAGCGGCGAAGGCGUGGCCUGCCGCAGCGCCUGCGAGGCCUUCGGCAAGCCCGAGUACUGCUGCAGCGGCUCCUUCGCCAACCCCAACACCUGCCGGCCCUCCUCCUACUCCAAAUUCUUCAAGAACGCCUGCCCCCGAGCCUACAGCUACGCCUACGACGACGGCACCAGCACCUUCACCUGCCCCGGCGGCACCAGCUAUCUCAUUACCUUCUGCCCCACCACCGCCAGGUGA